GCCGUUUUUGAUUAAGAAUGGCGCCAGCUCCAGCAGUGGACGAUGCUCAAGAUAACCAAGAUGGAAAUCUAUCGCUGGCACAAAACAGGUCGAGAAGGACCAAGACUGACAAAAAAGGAAGGUUUGCUGCGCUGGAAAGAUUGAAACAGGCUAAGGCAUCGGGAGAGAAACACAAAUAUGAGGUUGGAGACGAGGACAAUGUGUACGAUGUGGUGGAUGAAAACGAAUAUUCUGACCUGGUGCGUCAACGGCAGGAAGAUGACUGGAUUAUUGAUGAUGAUGGAGCUGGUUAUGUGGAAGAUGGGAGAGAAAUUUUUGAUGAAGACCUGAAGGAUGACGAGUUCACCAAAGUGGAUCGAAAACGGAAGGAUGGCGAGAAAAGAAAAAAUGCCAACAUCUGUAAGCCUGGCACAAAACCAAAAACAAAUAUCAAGACAAUGUUUUCUGCCAUGUCAACGGUGAAAAAGUCAGAGAAAAAUGUGAGUCUAGCAAAUGAUGACCUGUUGGGAGAUUUGAUGCAAGAGCUCCACAAUGGACCAUCCUCAGGUGUGAUCAAACCAGCCGCGGUGAAGAUAAAGAAGACACCAACAACCUCUAGGACUGCCUACAAUCCCUUUAGUGUGAAACCUGUGACACCGAAACAACACAAGCCUUCUCCCCUUCUUCCAAGAUCCAUUUCCCGUGAGUUCAAGACGGAACCCGAAACAGAUGGCUAUGACGAACCAGACAGCGUUGUUGUGAAACCACGGAAACGACUGGCACCUAAAACUCUCCACAAGUCAGGAGGUUCCAAGGUUCUGAGACAUCGCGUAAAGGAAGAGGACAUCGGAGAUGACACGCCCCAGAUAGAGGAGAUGGACAGUAUGGAUGUGGGCGAGGACAUCUCUAUGAAUGACCUUGAACCGGCUUCUAUUCAAGAAGAUUCGCCUGUUGAUAUUGGAGACAUUGACUUUGAUGAGGAAGUGGAGGAUGUUAAACCACAAUCUUCGCUGGCUAAAGUUAAAACUGAAAAACAAACUGUUAUGGAGGUGAAAAAGGAAAGCCUGACAGAAGAUGAAUUGCACACUGGUUGGGAGACAGUCAAAAUGGACUUCAGUCAGGAGAGUUCUGCAGUGACGGACAUUCACGUUGAUAGCUCACAGCUCCCCCUGGUGACCAGCACUGAAGGAGAACAAGUGCUACGCUUGUUUUGGUUGGAUGCGUAUGAAGAUGUGUACAAACAUCCAGGUGUAGUUUACGUGUUCGGUAAAGUCUGGAUUGAGUCUGCUAAAGCACACGUCAGCUGCUGUGUUAGCGUGAAGAACAUUGAGCGAAAGGUUUUCCUUCUCCCAAGGCAGACAAAGUGGAACGCAGCCACCAACACGGACACGGGGAUUCCAGUAUCCAUGGUGGACGUCUACCAGGAAUUCAAUGAGAAAGUGGCAGAAAAGUACAAAAUUAUGAAAUUUAAAUCUUUGAAAGUGACCAAGGAUUAUGCUUUUGAGAAGGCGGAUGUCCCUGCCCAAUCAGACUACCUGGAAGUUAGAUAUUCUGCUGACCUGCCCAAGUUACCUGCCGCUCUAAGUGGAGAGACUUUCAGCUGUAUUUUUGGAGCCAAUACAUCAAGUUUGGAAUUGUUGCUAAUGGAGAGGAGGCUUAAAGGACCCAGUUGGUUAGAUAUCAAACUACCUCAAAUGGCUACCUCAUCUGUCAGCUGGUGUAAAGUAGAGGCAUUCGUCAACAGACCUGAUCAUGUGACUGUAUUAAAAGAUGCAGCCCCUCCCCCUCCCUUGGUUGUCAUGGCGAUGAAUCUACGAACUCUACCAAAUCCAAAGUCUCAUCAGAAUGAGGUUAUUGGCAUGUCCUGUUUAGUACAUAAUGAAUUCAGGAUGGACAGACCAGCACCAAAACAACCAUUUCAGCAUCACGUAUCUGCUAUCACCAAACCUAGUGAUUGUAUAUUUCCCUAUGACUUCAGAGAUCAGCUUCAAAAAGAGAGUCAAAAAAUGAAAGUGGAAAUGCUGCCCACUGAGAGAGCUCUCUUGGGAUUCCUGCUGGCCAAAAUCCACAAAAUCGACCCUGAUGUUAUUGUGGGCCAUGAUGUCUUUGGUUUUGACAUGGAUGUCAUUUUACACAGAAUUAACGCUAACAAGGUUCCUCAUUGGUCAAGGAUUGGUCGCCUACGGCGACAGGUCAUGCCUCGCCUCUCGUCUGGAGCUGGUCGUGGAACGUCAUUUGGGGAGAAAUCUGCUGCGUGCGGUCGUAUGGUGUGUGAUGUGAAGAUCUCGGCUAAAGAGCUGAUCCGCGUCCGUAGUUACGAUCUGACGGAGCUUGUCCAUCACCUGCUCAAACAGAAGCGGGUUGAACUGGAUUACGACAGUGUUCGUAACAUGUACAGCUAUUCUCGUAGCCUGCUACAGCUGGUAGAACUGGGUCUAAUGGACACCUCCUACAUUCUCCAGCUGAUGUACGAUCUCAACAUACUGCCACUUGCUCUACAAAUCACCAAUAUCUGUGGAAACAUCAUGGGGCGCACAUUAAUGGGUGGUCGAUCCGAGAGGAAUGAGUACCUGCUGCUGCACGCCUUCCACGAGAAGAACUUCAUUGUUCCUGACAAGGAGUACAAGAAAAGUCAGCCUGUUGCUGAUGCCGGAGAUGAUGAUGAAGAUGGACAUGUGGAGGGAGGGAAACGAAAACAGGGACGUAAAAAACCUUCAUACACCGGUGGGCUGGUGCUGGAACCUAAACGAGGUUUCUACGACAAGUUCAUCUUGCUGCUGGAUUUCAACAGUUUGUACCCUUCCAUUAUCCAGGAGUACAAUAUCUGCUUCACCACCAUUGACCGAACAACAACUGAGAAAGCUGGGGAGGGUGACCAUGACGCAGAUGCCCUGCCCGAACUCCCAGAUGAGGGUCUAGAGGCUGGUAUUCUCCCUACAGAAAUCCGCAAGUUGGUGGAAAGUCGGAAGCAGGUAAAACAGCUGUUAAAAGGCCAAGAACCAGGAUCUGACUUAUACAUGCAGUAUGACAUCCGACAGAAGGCCCUAAAGUUGACAGCUAACAGCAUGUAUGGUUGCCUGGGCUUCAGUCAUUCUCGAUUCUACGCCAAACCAUUGGCAGCCUUAGUUACGGGGAAAGGAAGGGAGGUAAAUUUUAAUGAAACAAGGGAUCUGGUACAAGGAAUGAAUUUAGACGUGAUUUAUGGGGACACAGACUCCAUUAUGAUUAACACCAACUGUACUGACAUGGAUCAGGUCUGGAAACUAGGAAACAAGGUGAAAACGGAAGUGAACAAACUGUACAAGCUGCUGGAGUUAGACAUUGAUGGAGUGUUUAAGUCCAUGCUGUUGUUGAAGAAGAAGAAGUAUGCGGCGCUGGCCAUCCAGAAGACAGCUGACGGGAAAUACAGCACGAGUCGGGAGCUGAAAGGACUGGACAUUGUCAGGAGAGACUGGUGUGAUCUGGCCAAAGAGGCCGGAAAUUACGUUGUGGACCAGAUUUUGUCAGGAGAGUCACGCGAGGGUAUCGUGGAUAACAUUCACUCCAAGUUAACAGAAGUGGGAGAGAAAGUGAAAGCAGGAGAGAUACCUGUUAACAUGUACAACAUUACAAAGAACCUUACGAAGAACCCCGAGGAUUAUCCCGAUAAGAAGAGUUUACCUCACGUCCAUGUGGCGCUCCGAAUGAACAGCAAGGGAGGUAAAAAGAUAAAAGCAGGUGACGUUGUGCCCUACGUGAUAUGUGAGGAUGGUUCUUAUUUGGCCGCUUCUCAGAGGGCCUACCAUCCAGAGGAACUUGACAAGAUGGACAACUUAAAGAUAGACACAAGAUACUACCUGGCCCAGCAAGUCCAUCCUGUUAUCUCUCGUUUGUGUGACCCUAUUGAUGGCACAGAUGCCGCACACUUAGCAGAAUGUCUGGGUCUGGACCCAGCGGGAUAUAAACACAAGUAUAAUACAGAGGUGGAUGAAGAUGAGGCUCUCUUGACUGGAACUCAAAUGUCGGAAGAAGAGAAGUACAAGGAUUGUGACAGGUUUAAGUGGAAGUGCCCAGGCCCGGGAUGCAGCCGAGAGAAUAUCUGGGACAGUGUCUUUACAGGAUCGGGCAAAGUUCUAAGUUGCUCUCUGUCGGCAUGUCAGAACUCUCAGUGUGGCAUUGUCCCUAACGACUUCAUCAGUCAGAUCUCAAAUCAGCUAACCCUGGUUAUACGAGGGCACAUUAAAUCAUACUAUCAGGGCUGGAUGAAAUGUGAGGACACAGCCUGCAUGGCCCGGGUGCAGAAAAUGCCGCUGAUGUUUCAGAAAGGUCAGCCGAUGUGCCCCGUUUGUCACGUGGGUCUCUUACGGAGUGAGUACACGGCUAGUAACCUGUACGACCAGCUGUGUUACUAUCAGUACAUCUUUGACCUGGACAAAGCAUUGAAGACUCUGCCAGAGGCAGACAAACAUUACCCAUGUCAACUUCUUUGUGACAAAGCGUCAAGUAAAUGUAAAUUAUCUACCAAGCAGAUGUAG